GCGGGGAUCGUUCUGGCAGCGUGCAUGCCGAUGGUUUGGGGUGGCGGUUAUUUACUCUGAACUUACAGAGAUGUAUUCUAUUUCUUGAAAAACUCAUUCGUGUUAAUCACCUUUCCCAAUACUAAGUGGAACAAGCAUCCUCCCUCGCGCAUGCUCCCCACACACCGUUACUGAGCCUGAGCUCUGCAGAGCAGCCCCCGCCCUGUUCCAUUGGCAUCCAGCCCCCUUUGAAGUACCUACAUAAGGUUUGAAGUCGUGAUUAUCCUGACCUCUGCCUUUUUCGGCUCCUGAAGCAGUGGCCAGAUGCUGAUUUUCCGCAGUCUUCAAUGCCUUUUUACCUUUGUUCUAUUCUUCAAAUAUCACAGAACUGUUCUCUAGUUCCUAGGAUUAGAUUAGAUAUUAGCAUGGACUCUAUGCAGUAGCUCAUAGUGGUUUGCUCAGGGUUAGAACAAGGAGAAGAGAGAAAGCAAACAGGCUGUGGGAUGCCAGGGGUGGGUGACUGCGAGUGAGUUUGUCUCUAAUUUUUGUCACAAUGAGGACUCAUGUGAUGGCCUCCCAACAGGGAACUGCAGGGCCUGUGUCCUGCCCGGUGCUGUUUUGAUUUGUGGUACAACUGGAGCCGUUGUACAACGCACCUCAGUUGUACCUCCAGAAAAGGGGUUUCUGACCCACUGGUCUGAUCUCCCACUUGAGAGAGGAGAGAACUUUGGAAAACUCAGUUUUGCAGCAGAGACACAGCGCAUCCUCGAGGUCCUGCGCUCCCCUGAGACUCCUUUUGUGAAGAAGCAGCAAGUAAUGAACCGUGUGCUUGGGGAUUAUCAUCUCAAGAUGGCUGAGGAUCAGAAGAGCGUGGACAAUGCAGAUGUGAAACCUGGGGAUGUGGAAGUGCAGCAAAGCAACGGGCAGGCUUCAGAUGGGAAACGAUCCAACUACAUCUUUGAGGCAAAGCCGGAGUGGUUCACGUCACCUGACAACAGCUUCCGAUUUGAUUUUCCACUUCCUGAGAUUGACCUGGAAGCAACUGUCCCAGCUUUGGAAGCAGUCCCUGGUGGCAGAGGUGUUGAGCAGGCACCAACCAGUGCAGGAGCCACUGAGCAGAACAACUGGAAUGGAGCCUUGAGUUUUGCUGCCUCUGGACAAGAAUCCAAGUUUGCUUUCAACUUUGCCAUCCCAGAUGAAGACCAUCCUCUGGUUCCGUUAGUUCCAACAAGCCAGCAUAUAAAACACACAGCAAAUCGUGAAGUGCUGGGCAGUUUACUGCCUACGGAAUCAGCAGGCGUGCCACAGAUUUCAGCUGUGCUGAAGCCUGAGGUGACUGAAACUGUGGGAAGUGUGCCCAAAGAGGAUGGAAGCCUUGUCAUGCUAAAGAUCCCCCAGCCAGAGACUGCUCCUGGAGGUGAGACGGUGACAGAGAAACCAGCAGCAGAUGGAGCUGCCCAGAAGAAGAAAAAGAAGAAGAAACAAAAACCAUCUGUCAGUAAAAAGGAGACAGAAGAAACUGAGAUCAACAGGAAGGCAAAGGCAGAAACUAACAGAUGUCAAAAUAAAGAUGCUUCCCACCAGGAUGAGACCUCUCAGUCGGAUGAGCAGCUGCAGAAAGAGGUGGACUGGUGUGUGGAACAGCUGGAACUUGGCCUGAAGAUGCAAAAGUCCACUCCAAAGCAGACCGAGGAGGCUCUCCGUGCGAUCAAGACGCUGCGCAAUGACAAGGCUCCACUGGUGAAGAAGCGUCAGGUUAUGAGAGCCAUCUUUGGAGACUACAGGAAGAAGAUGGAGGAGGAGCGGUGCAAAGAGCUGAAGCUCAUGGAAGCAGCUGCAAAAUCUGCCAGGAUCAUGGAAGUGAAGGGAAACGCCCGCAACAAGAACUGUCGAUUCUUCCGGAAGCGCUCAGGAGCUUGCAGGACAAGCCACAGCUCAGCAGAAACCCCGUCAGAGUCACCCAGGACACUUACCACAGACUCAUUCCAAUUUCCAACUUCCCGAGAAGAGUUUUACUUUAAUUUCUUUUAGGAAAGUCUUUUAGACUAAAACUGUGGCUAAGUGCUGUACCAAGUCCACAAACUUCAGAAUGAUGGAAGGAUGCUGUGCAGCAGCGAAUGUUAUGCAAGAAUCUCUCUGUAUUUCCUAAAGAAAUGAUCCUAUUUCGUUGUGCCUUAUCUAGAGGUGUAAAACAUUUGCCUACUGCACACAUGACCCCAGGACUCUUCUGUAUAAUGGCACAGAGUCUGGAAGGAUCUGCUUUUCUUCCUGUAGAAUUGGCAUGAACCUAAGAAUCUGUCUUUUGUACUGGAAGAUUUUCCAAUUCUCCUAUUGCUUUUCUAGCAGUGGGGGCAGUGAUGCACACAAGAUGGUAUGGUUUGUAAUAAAGAUUCAGCAGUGUACACAGGGUGGAUAAUCGCAUGCUGCCACUCCACAAGGCUGUGUGAAUGCAGCUUGUGGUGUCAGGAAAGCACCAGGUGGUGUGUCCAUCACUGCCCGCUACAGAGGACGAGGCCAGGGUCUUGGAGGCAAAUGAGUGGGAACUAUCCUGCUCAUACAUCUCAAAUCGACAGGGAUGAAUUCAGAAGAGAACUGCAAUUGCUGAUUUAAGCUGGCUGAGGGAUGUAAGGACAAUUGUUUCCAGACAGGGAAAGAUUUUUGUUGCUGAAGCCUGGGUUCUGGCCUGCUAGGAAGAAUGUACAAUCAGUUCUUAAGUUUCAUAGAGUCGUAGAAUCAUAGAAUUGCUUGGUUGGAAAAGAUCCUUGAGAUCAGAGUUGAACUGUCCCUGUCCACCACUAAACCAGAUCAUCUGCUUGUCUUUUCAAUCCCUUCAGGGAUGGGGACUCCACCACCUCCUGGGCAGCCUCUGCCAGUGCCCAAGAACCCUUUCAGUGAAGAAAUAUUUCCUAAUGUCCAAGCUGAACCUCUCCUGGUGCAACUUGAGGACAUUUCCUCUCAUCCUGUCGCCUGUCACUUGGGAAAAGAGACCAACACUGACCUCGCUCCAACCUCCUUUCAGCCAGUUGUAGAUAGUGAUGAGGUCUCCCCACGGCCUCCUUUUCUUUAGGCUAAACAGCUCCAGGUCCCUCAGCUGCUCUCACAACCCCUGGGCUCCAGACCCUUCCCCAGCUCCGUUCUCUUCUCUGGAUGCGUUUCAGCCUCUCGAUGUCCUUCUUAUCAUGAGGGGCCCAAAACUGAACCCAGGAUUUGAGGUGCAGCCUCACCAGUGGUGAGUGCAAGGGGACAAUCCCUUCCCUGCUCCUGCUGGCCACCCCAUGGCUGAUCCAAGCCAGGAUGUUCUUGGCCUUCUUAGCCACCACUGGCUCAUAUUCAGUUCUGGUCAACCAACACCUCCAGGUCCUUCUCUGCCAGGUAGCUUUCCAACAGCUUCUUCCCAGACCUGGAGGGCUGCAUGGGCUUUUUUUGUCCCAAGUGCAGGACCCGGCAAUUGAACUUGUUGAACCUCGUCCUGUUGGCCUCAGCCCAGUGCUCCAGCCUGUUCACAUCUGUCUGCAGAGCUUCCCUACCCUCCAAGCAGAUCAACACUUCCUCUCAGUUUAGUGUUGUCUGCAAACUGAUUGAGGGUGCAUUUGAUCCCCUCAACCAGGUCAUUGGUAAAGUUAUUGAACAGAAUUAGACCCAGCACUGAGCCCUGGCUACCGCCUCCCACCAUUCUUUGGGCCCAGCCAUCGAGCCACUUUUCCGCCCAGCAGAGGGUGCGGCUCUCCAGGCCAGUGGUGGCUAGUUUCUCAAGUAGGAUACUGUGAGAAACUGUAUCAAAGGCUUUACUAAAGUCCAGGUACACCACAUCCACGGCCUUUCCCUUAUCCAUCAAGUGGGUCACCUUGUCAUAGAAGGAGAUCAAGUUAGUUUGGCAGGACCUGCCUUUCAUAAACCCAUGCUGAUGGGUUUAUGAUCACCCUGUUGUCCUGCAUGUGCUGUGUGAUAGCACUCAAGAUGACCUGCUGCAUGACCUUCCCUGGCACCGAGGUCAGGCUGAUUCUGUGACUUCAAAAAGUUGAUGUUUGCUACAAAAAUUUUGUUUUCAUUACCAAGCUCUGAUGCAGUCGUUUGCAUUUGUCAGGAUACUUCUUGUUUGUUUGAAAUAUUUUAAAGAAUGCCUGUCAAGGCAUAUGGAGAAACUGAACCUGGGUACCAGAUAAGGAGAAACAUGCAGAAAAGGCUUUAAGUUGCCUGGAAAUCAAUAGGUUAAAACUGGAAAUCUAUAGGUUGUAGCAGAAGACUGAUAUACUUGCCAGGGAGCAUCGUUACAUUGACUGUGUGGAAUAACACUGUUGGGUGGGGUUUGGGUU